GUCGACGUCGCCCAACUGGAGCCAGCCAAUGCACGGCCGGGAGCUCCCGGGCCAGCCCAGUGGAGGGGCGUGGCCUGAGGCUGUCACUCAGCAGUGAGGAAUGACACCCGCGCGGGAGGGGGGCGGUACAGUGGAACGCAAGGGAAGGAAAGAGAAAAGAAACAGAUAAAACCCGGGCAGGGGGUAAAAAGGUGCCCCGUGCCUCUGGGAAUCCACCGCGGCCGCCACCGCCGUCCCCGCCGCCGCCUGGGCUGGGCUCCGGAAGAGCCUGCCCAGUAGGGCAGGGGAGGACGAGCUAGGAGCGAAAUCCUGCAGGCGAGGAAGGGACAGACGCGCAAAGAAAAGUGACUCGGGCCGCGCGCCCCGGCGGCGCUCGGAGGGGACUGCAGCCGCGGAGGGGCCCCCGCCAAUCCUCCUCACGUCCCCCGAGGGGGCAGACCCCGGCCCACCCCUAAGGGCGAAAAGGGAUGAGAUAAUCCAGCUGAGCUGCGCAAGGAGAGCGUCUGGCUCUGGAUUCUGGGGGAGGGGGUCUCCGGGCGGGGUGGGCCUCUGAGGUGGGGGUGAGGGUCGGCGCAGAUCCUGGGACGCAGUGGGGCGGGGGUUGCUGGGCCGCGCAGGAGUGGGCGGCUGCGGCCUCGCGCACCCGGCUCACUCGCGCUACGGCCGCCGGCGCUCUCCGUCCAGCUCGGAGCUGCUAGGCGCCCCAGCUUCCCGCCCAGCCGGCCGCUCCGGCCCGCGGCGCAGAUGGCUGUGCGCGGCGCCAACACCUUGACGCCCUUCUCCAUCCAGGCGAUCCUCAACAAGAAAGAGGAGCGCGUGGGGCUGGCCGCGCCAGACGGGCGCCCGGCGCCCGGGGGCACAGCGGUGGCUGCGGCUGCGGCACCCGCUGUCUGCUGUUGGCGGCUCUUUGGGGAGAGGGACGCGGGCGCGCUGGGGGGCGCCGAGGACUCUUUGCUGGCGUCUCCGGCCGGUACCAGAACAGCUGCGGGGCGGACUGCAGAGAGCCCGGAAGGCUGGGACUCGGACUCCGCGCUCAGCGAAGAGACCGAGAGCAGGCGGCGCUGCGUGGACGCGCCGGGGGCCAGCGGGGCCGGCCUCGCGGGGGGAUCCUUGAGCCUCGGCCAGCCGAUCUGUGAGCUGGCUGCUUCCAAAGACCUAGAGGAGGAAGCCGCGGGCCGGAGCGACAGCGAGAUGUCCGCCAGCGUCUCAGACGACCGCAGCCCAAGAACCGAGGACGACGGUGUUGGCCCCAGAGGUGCACACGUGUCCGCGUUGUGCGGCGGGGCCGGCGGCGGGGUCGGCAGCGAGCCGGCGGGCGUCGCGGAGGAGGAGGAGGAGCCGGCGGCGCCCAAGCCACGCAAGAAGCGCUCGCGGGCCGCCUUCUCCCACGCGCAGGUCUUCGAGCUGGAGCGCCGCUUUAACCACCAGCGCUACCUGUCCGGGCCGGAGCGCGCCGACCUGGCUGCGUCGCUGAAGCUCACCGAGACGCAGGUGAAAAUCUGGUUCCAGAACCGUCGCUACAAGACCAAGCGUCGGCAGAUGGCCGCCGACCUGCUGGCCUCGGCGCCCGCCGCCAAGAAGGUGGCAGUAAAGGUGCUGGUACGCGACGACCAGAGACAAUACCUGCCCGGCGAAGUGCUCCGGCCACCCUCGCUUCUGCCACUGCAGCCCUCCUACUAUUACCCCUACUACUGCCUCCCAGGCUGGGCGCUCUCCACCUGCGCGGCCGCCGCAGGCACCCAGUGAACCGGCCUGGGCUGAGGCCGCGAGUGAUUCCCUCGCCCCGGCUCCCGACCGCCGCUGACGGCUGUAGGCUGUAGCCUACACGGGGCGCCCCGCCAAGGGGACACCCGGAGGUGAAACCCAGCCGCAGCUCCGGUUGGCCAGGACGUGUGCUCUGGCAGCUAGGCUGAGUCUGCCCCGAGGGGGCGCCUUUUUCUAAUUCGAACAGAGGCACCCUAUGGCCUAGGGGCCCUGAUAGCCACAGGCCUGGAAGCCCCUGGACUCUAUUUAUUAUCACGACAAUGUUGGAGUUGAAUUUGGAUUCGAAUUAUGUCUGCCUGGGGGUGGUGUUUCCCUGAGCGGGAACUCCUGGAAACCACAUAGCCUGAAUCCUCGGAAUUUCAGGCCUGCUGGGAGCGUCCUGCACUAGGCCACACGAGUUCAUGGUAUCCAUGCUACCAAUCUAUGUGUAUCUACAUAUCUUUUAUUUUUGGAAAUUGCGUUUGUAACCAAGGGGUGCCAAACCCUGGCAGUCCCAGGCACACCAGGCCAGGGGUUGAUUUGAAACGUGAAGUUUUAGGUUUUCAGGCCCUCCGCUCCACCCCUCCCGUGUGUCAGAGCUCGGGUGGGGGCGCCCGAUUAGGGUGCUGAAUGUAAGGAAGGGAGCCUCCGAGCGCGGUGCAAACCGGGGGUCUCACACCUUCCCUCUCUGAAGCCCAGGUCUGCGCCCAAGCAGGAAGUGCCUGGGAGCCCUCUGAACGAGGAGAGCGCACAGCCGGGCAGCCCUCUGCAGAAACUUUUCUUCAAUUUCUUUUUAUUUGUUUAAAGGAGGUUAAGACGUGCAGCACUUUUCAGUUGUUUGUAUUCAAAUGACGGUUAUUUUUGUAUUCAAUGUGAAUAUCCCUGGCCAGCCUUUGCAUGGCGCCCACCGCAGUGCCGCCUGGCCCUCAGUCUCUACCUUCCGCCCCCUGCAACUCCUGUGCUCUGGCCCGGGACUCCCCUCUCUGCCCCUCACUGACCCUGAAACAGGUCCUACCUGUCUUGUCAACCUCGCCGCUUUUCGCCUCCUUAAGGGCACUGUGCACUCAACUAGAGAUUAACUGUAAAAAGAUUUGUGAAGUUUGGAAGCUCUAUUCGCUGUAUUUUUUCUUUAAUUUAUAAACUUUUAGUUUAACUUGC